AAUUCUGGGACUUUUAUUGUGAAAUCCGGAAGCUAUCGUAGGAAGUUUUCCGCCAGAAGAACGCCACUAAUUUAACAGAGGGACGAAAAGGCGGAAAACAAUACGGCAAGAGGACAUUAAAAGACAGAGACAACAAAGUAUGGACUCUCCAGGCAGAAGUCUCAGUCCCAUUCCUGUGCCGAAAGAACAAAGUGGACCAUCAGAAGACGAGUCCAGUCCUGCAGCAGAGAAGCCCCAAAAGGCCGGCUCGGCUGAGAGAAGCCCCAAAGAGAAGUCCCCUCAGGCCAGUCCUGCAGGCCGUUCCCCCUCCGGUAGCCCUGCCUCUGGGAGUGCUGCCUCCAGCAGCUCAGACGACAGCACUAGCAGUGAUGAUGAGGACGAACAUCAUGGAGCACUGAGGAAACUCAGGAGCAGUGUGGCUCAGAUCAAAAGAUCAAGAUCCAAGUCCAGGUCCAGAGAACGAGACCGAUCUAUAUCCAGAGAGCGAGACCGAUCCAGAUCUGGCGAGCGAGACAGAUCCAGAUCCAUAUCCAGAGACAGAUCAAGAUCCAGAGGACGCGACAGGUCCAGAGAGAGAGACAGAGACCGGGGGCGCUACGACAGAGGACGCUAUACUCGGGAUCGCUAUGACGAUCGCUAUGACGAUCGUCGUGACGACAGGGAUGGGCGUUUUGACCGACGAAACAACCGGGAUGCAGAGUGGGAUCAGAGAAGGCGAGGGCGCUCCGGCUCCCCUCCAACAGACAGGGAGCCAAUGGCGUCUGAGGAGCCGCCAGUCAAGAAGAAGAAAGAGGAGAUUGACCCGAUCCUGACGAGGACGGGUGGAGCUUACAUCCCCCCCGCCAAGCUGCGCAUGAUGCAGCAGCAAAUCACUGACAAGACCAGCCUGGCCUAUCAGAGGAUGAGCUGGGAGGCCCUGAAGAAGUCCAUCAACGGUCUGAUCAACAAAGUCAACGUGUCGAACAUCGUCUUCAUCAUCCAGGAGCUGCUGCAGGAGAACAUCGUCAGGGGGAGGGGUGUGCUGUCUCGCUCGGUGCUUCAGGCUCAGGCGGCAUCUCCGAUUUUUACUCACGUUUACUCGGCUGUUGUCGCCAUCAUCAACUCAAAGUUCCCUCAGAUUGGAGAGCUGAUCCUCAAACGCCUCAUCCUGUCCUUCAGGAGGAGCUACCGCCGCAACCUCAAGCAACAGUGCCUGACGGCCUCAAAGUUUGUGGCUCAUCUCAUCAACCAGAACGUGGCUCAUGAGGUUUUGUGUCUGGAGAUGCUCACUCUGCUGCUGGAGCGUCCGACUGACGACAGCGUGGAGGUCUCCAUCGCCUUCCUGAAGGAAUGUGGACUUAAACUGACCGAGGUGUCCCCGCGAGGAAUAAACGCCAUAUUUGAGCGUCUCAGGAACGUCCUCCACGAGUCGGCCAUUGAUAAGAGGGUCCAGUACAUGAUCGAGGUGAUGUUUGCCAUCAGGAAGGACGGUUUCAAAGAUCACCCUGUGAUCCCAGAGGGCCUGGACCUAGUGGAUGAGGGAGACCAGUUCACCCACAUGCUGCCACUGGACGACGAGUACAACAUCGAGGACGUCCUCAAUGUGUUUAAGUUGGACCCAGACUUCUUGGACAACGAGGAGAAAUACAAAACCAUCAAAAGAGAGAUCCUGGACGAGGGCAGCAGCGACUCAGGGGAGGAGGGUGACGACAGCGACGAAGAUGAAGACGAGGAAGAGGAAAACGCGGAGGCAGCAGAAGAUGAGAAGAUCACCAUCUAUGAUCAGACAGAAGUCAAUCUGGUGGCUUUCAGAAGAACCAUCUACCUCGCUAUCCAGUCCAGUUUGGACUUUGAGGAGUGCGCUCACAAACUGAUCAAGAUGGACUUUCCUGACAGCCAGACGAAAGAGCUGUGUAACAUGAUCCUGGACUGCUGCGCUCAACAGAGAACCUACGAGAAGUUCUUUGGUCUGCUGGCCGGGAGAUUCUGUCUGCUGAAGAAAGAGUACAUGGAAAGUUUUGAGGGGAUUUUUGCGGAGCAGUACGACACGAUUCACCGACUGGAGACCAACAAGCUGAGGAACGUGGCUCGACUGUUCGCUCACCUGCUCUACACAGACUCUGUGCCCUGGAGUGUGCUGGAGUGUGUCAGAAUGAGUGAGGAGACCACGACGUCGUCCAGCAGGAUCUUCGUGAAGAUCCUUUUCCAGGAGCUGUGUGCCUACAUGGGCCUCCCCAGACUCAACCAGAGGCUCAAAGACCCGACUCUGCAGCCGUUCUUUGAGGGUCUUUUCCCCCGUGAUAAUCCCAGAAACACUCGCUUCGCCAUCAACUUCUUCACCUCUAUUGGAUUGGGAGGACUGACGGACGAGUUGAGGGAACAUUUGAAGAACGCUCCCAAGAUUAUCAUGACUCAGAACCAGGAAGUGGAAUCCUCUGACUCCUCCUCAUCUUCAUCCUCCUCUUCCUCCUCGUCUGAUUCCUCCUCGUCAGACUCGUCCAGCGAUUCAGACUCAUCCAGCAGCAGCAGCUCAGACUCAGACAGCAAACACAGAAAGAAGAAGAGAAAAGAACAAAGCGUGGAGAAAAAGAAGAAGAUGAAGAAAGGUGAGGACAAGAAGAAGAAGCAGAAGAAGAAGAAGGAAAAGCAGUCUGACAAGAAGCGAGCUGUACGCAAGAAUGACGAUGAGGACAGUGAUGACGAGAAGCAGGCGAUGAAGCACAGGAAAGGCCAUCCACGUGAGGUCGAGGGGCGUCCGCGUGAGGUCGAGGGGCGUCCGCGUGAGGCCGAGGGGCGUCCGCGUGAGGCCGAGGGGCGUCCGCGUGAGGCGGAGGGGCGUCCGCGUGAGGCGGAGGGGCGUCCGCGUGAGGCGGAGGGGCGUCCGCGUGAGGCGGAGGGGCGUCCGCGUGAGGCGGAGGGGCGUGCGCGUGAGGCGGAGGAGCGUGAGAGUGCGCGUGAGGCAGAUGAACGUGUGCGUGCACGUGAGGGUGCCCGCCGGAGCAGACGAGACGACAGAGAAGAAGAAGAGGAGCGGCAGCAGGAGGGUGAGAGAAGAAAAAUGGACACUCAAGGCCGGCAAAGAGACGGGGAGAGAGAGAGAGACAGCGGGAGGGAAAGGGACAGAGACAGCGGGAGGGAAAGGGACAGAGAGCGAGGGAGGGAGAGAGAGACUGAGGAGAAGCGAGAGAGUGAGAGAGAGCGAGAGAAGCCGAGGGAUAGAGAGAGGAAUAAAGAGAACAGAGACAGGAACAGAGAGGAGAGGAGGAGGAAGUAAACGUCUUUCUCUCUCCGUCCUGAAGCAGCAGUGAUGGACUGAUGACUGACAGACGUGAAGUCAUCCCUCGCUUCUUUACCGCAUCCUGUCACUCUCUGGUGUUUUGGAUUUGGGUCUGUCCCUCUGUCUGAAUCUGUCUGUAUUUUCUAUUAUUGAUUUUUGUCGUUAUGGAAAUGUGAAAAAAAAAAAACAUUAAAAGUUGCGUUAGCUGUUUUGUAA